AUGCACGCUACAGGGAGCGGGGCUGACACGAGCGUGGAAGAGCAAGUCCAAUUACGGCGAGUGUUUCGGCUGCUAGCGUUCGACACUCCUCUUCGACGACUGGAGCACAAGCUCGAGCGACAAGCUCCACGAGGACGAUACGCGCAAUUGGAACAGGACUCGAAACGAGAGCAUUACAUGAAAGAGAAGCUCAAGUACCUCGCCACGCUACAGGAUGAAGAGAAUCUCGGACAUGAACUCGUCAGCUCCAAGUACCCGAUCGACACGAAGGGUCUGUUGACGGUCUACGAACAGCUCGGAUACCAACUCUCAGGACAGGAAAAGGGUCGUCUGGAAGAGGUGAUUUGGCAGGUGAACGACAACCUGGACGGUGCUAUCUGCUUCGAAGAGUUCGUCAACAGCUACGUGAGGUCGCGCAACGAUCGCUCGGGCCUCGAGCCGUCCGAAAUAUUCUUCCUCACGUGUUUCCUCAUGUUCGACAAGGAGUGCUGCGGGAGGAUCUCCUUAGACGAUGCGAUGGGAAUAUUGUACCUCAAGUACGACGAGGCUAUGGAACGCGAGAUGGAGAUCCACUUCGGCAAGCUGCUGGAUGAAGGCGCCCAUUUCGUAACCUUUGUGGAGUUCCACGAAGCUACCAUUAAGCGUCUGGGUGAGCUCAUCGACCAGCAAGCUCCUUUCGCCAGGCCGAACAAGUUCUGCAAAAAGCUUUGGCGAUAG